AUGACAACGCUCUGGGACAAGUUCCAGGCCGCGGUGCGGUAUGUCCGCACCACUGUCGCCGCCGCGGUCGCAUCGAUCCGCGUGGCGCCAACGAUGACACCAUUCAAGCUGCUCGAUGGCGUGAGCGCGGACAAUGGCGCACCUGCAUCGAGCACUGAUGGUGCUGAUGUCGCAGGAUGGGCGACGCUCAACCUCUUGUGGAAGCACAGCUCCUCGGGAGCGACGAGCAGCGUGGAUCUCUACAUCUAUGAUGGUGAGGACUGGCUCUUCCAUUCGACUCAGGCGCUCGGCCAAGACACCGGCGUGCUCGAUGCCUGGGAUGUGGAAGGAGCUGCUGAGCGUGUGUACGCGCGGCUCAAAACAGCACCGGCUGCGGGCACGCUCACGCUAAAGCUCACGCCACACAACGAGAGGAUCCGCAUGGCUUGGCCUAUCACCGUGCACGAGCUCACCGCUGGUGGCACUUCCAUCGGCGACUACAUCGACUCGAUCGCCGCCAACAUCUCCAACCUCACCGUCGAUGGCACUGACGCCGCCGGCGCCUGGUUUCGACACGCCGAUGGUUGGGAGGUUGCCUUGCGCGAGGCGAGCGCGACUGACCUGGAGAUGGCGACCGAUCCUCUCGGUGGGUUCACCGCGACCAACGCGGUCGCCGACACCUCCGAGUGGAACGGGUUGCGCACCAUGGUCGAUCUGGCCGCGACGCGAUCGGCAGACUUCUACCUGGUGGAGCUCGCGGACGCGUUCUUCGUGAUCUGGAUGACGAGCGACAACAGCCAGGCCGCCGAGGUGCUUCACUUCGGCGAUGUGUGGAGGUCCUUCCCGUUCGCCAAUCCGGUGAGAGGUUUGGGCGAGCUCGGAGAUUUGUUGGACACCGUCGCGAGUGGGAUCCUCUACACCGUCGCGAGCGGCCUCAAGAACCGACUCUACGCAGCGUCGCCUGGUGGUUGGUACGACGCAUAUAUGAAUAUUGAGUCUGGAUCGAGGGGAUACCCUGGAGGAGCGCGCGUUCCUUCCGGGGUGGUCUGCAACCUCAAGGAUGUGGAUGGCACCGACGACCGCGCCAACGCGGGGUGGAUGCGCUACCUCUUCUUCUCACCUCAAAACAACACCGAAGAGUCCGGUGACUUCGAGGAGAACGGUUCCACGGACUUCGUCUACAUCGAGUCACUGACGACAUCUGGAGUCGACUUCCUCAUCCCCUGGGACGAGGCGGUCACCUUUGGCCAGACAGGAGGACUCCGCCUGGGGGGCUGGGGAGGCAGGAGGCGCUCGGGCGAGGAGUGGACCCCGCUCUCCCUCGAGAGCGUGCUGCUGAUGUACUGGCUUCCCUGGGAGGCCACGCCAUCCGAUGCGCCCUCGAGCGCGCGCGAGUACGCGCAGAACUCAGGCAUCCUCGACAACGAACCGCUCGAGUACUUGACUGACUGGGCUGCUGGUCAGGAGGUGCGCCAGAUUACCACCUCUGAGCGAGCGCUCUAUCGCGAGAGUAUCCUCGGUGAUUUGCCCGCAGCCUACUUCGAUGGGGAUGACGCCUACAGCGCAGUGCUCGAGCUCGGCUUCUACCACACGUGGUUCGUCACGCUCGGGCAAAGCACGGGGAUGCUCUACGACCACAACGAGAACGACGCGACGAACAAGGGCUACUGGUACCGAGCGAGCCCCUCAUCUUCUCACAGCCACCGCGUGACACGCGGUGCGGUCGAGGCCAAGAGUCUCGCAGCGACUGGCUAUGACGACACCAGCGGCGCGGUCGCGCGCGGCGACUUUGUUGAUGGGUUCGUGCGCCAGUACGGCGCUGGCACCCUCGUCAACUCGACCGCUCAUGCGCUCGCUGGAGGCUCCGUCAGCGGCGCCUUCGACACGAUGGGGAGGAGCUGGUCUGGAUCGAACAGGUCCACCGGAUACCUCGUCGGACAGAUCGUGGCUGAUGACAGCAUCAGCGCAGAAGAAAUUACACAACUCGAAACCUGGCUUGAAGAUCAGACGGGCCUCACGGCGGUGGUGGAAUGA